AUGACUUCGCCAAGAGACUUUACUGUUCUUGAGAACAGCCCGGUGGUCAUGAACGAUCUCGCCUACCGCCUAGGCCUCUCCAGAGAACUCACUUUCUACGACGUCUAUUCUCUGGACGACCCCGAGCCUCUUGCCUUCGUACCAUGUCGCGUCUUCGCCUUGUUGGCGAUUGUCUUCUUAACGGAUGCCAGAGACAAUACACGGAAGGAAGAAGACUCCGAGCGCGUUGUGUGGUUCCGGCAGACCAUGGUCCACGACUGCGGUCUUAUCGGGCUUCUUCGCUGCGUCUGUAACGGCCUCUCUGCUCAGAGGAUUACACCUGGGAGUGAGCUAGAUUUGAUCUUACGGCAGGCAACACCGCUUACGAUGUACGAGCGGGCGAAGCUGCUAGAGGAGUCUAAGACAGUCUACGAGGCGAGUCAAGCUGCCGCGGUGAAGGGGGAUACUGUUCUGUGUGGGGGUCGGUAA